AUGAAACAGGCGGAAUGGGUGCUAAGCAAGGUGACAUAUGCGUUCCGUAGAUCGGGAGCGCAGGGACUCAGUGACGAUGGCUGCUCCGACAACGACAUUGGCAGUCUUGGAGGCUGGGCGCAGGGGGAGAUGCGGAGGUCCUACAUCGUCGGCGUGCCGUUCCGGCCAGUCUUUCUGCAGGCAGGUUACAGUGAUGGUGGCAGAUCGUCCACGGUGAGUGAUGGAGGCGCUGUUGGCCAGUCAUCGGCCACACCACAUGCAGUCUCUGCCGAGGAGGCAUUCUUCAAACACGUCGUUGUUGAAUGGCGUGAUGCAAAGACCGUUGCAGCGGCAUGGGCUCUGUGGGUGAAGAAGGCUCACAUCAUGAAUGGACAGUCUCUGCGAGAAGUUCGCGUUGCGCUCGAGAAGCAGGAGAAGAACUUCUUCACCACGUACGCCACCUACGCCCCGGGAGGACCGAGCGUAAUGACUACUGACACCUGUGACCGGAAAAUGCGUCGCAUGGCGACUGUCAUGCAGGCCAUUGAGACAUUCAGGGUGGACGGCUCUGACUCUGCGACCGCAACAGCUGCUGCGCGUCUAGACUCUGUGCUGGCCAAAUCAAACUUCAGAGAUUUCACGGACGGUCUCGUACUCGGCGAUGCUCUACCUAAGAAGCGUUCCCGUAAGGCGACGAAGGAGGGGAAGAGCACCAACGAGAAGUCGCAGUGGUAUAUCAGCUGGCUCCUUGUCAAAACGAAGCUGCGCGACAAGGCCUGGGCAAAGAAGCUCUUCCGUUGUGAAUGGGAGACUAUCAAGAAGGCGGAAGAGGUGAAGGAAGCUGCUGCUGCUACUGGUGCAGCCCAGGCACAACCUGCGUCGGCCAGGCCCGCUCACUAG